AGUCACUGUUACCUUCUAUCCAAUCAAGAUCAGGCUCAAGCGUUCACCUGUCAAGGUUUCCAUUUCUACCUCGGAGCACCAAGAUCUUGAGGAAGCUCAAGAUUAUGUAGCUGCAGCAGCAAUUAAAUACAUGGAUGCUUAUGAGGGCGUGGUUCCAAAAGACUAUAGUUAUGAUCAACUGAAGGCUGUGGAAAAAACAAAUGCAGUGUUGUAUCAGUAGCUUAAGGCAAUGAAGAGGGACAACGCAUGUCUGAGACAGAAGCUAAAAGAGAGCAUUGGAAAAAACAAACUCCUGAGCAAAGGAUCGGAUGGAUCCCUGGACACAGAACAGAGCGUCGCCAACAAUCUUAAGCAUUUGGUCAGUAGCAGGAUGAGCCCAGGAUCUGGUCCAGAUGACCUGGAGCUUAACAAUGUUCUUCUCAAUGUAGAGGCCAACAGCGAACAUCUUCAGCAGUGCACUAAUGACACAAUGGUUAACCUUCAGGAGACUGGCGUUUAUCCAUACGGUCAGGAACAGCCAAUAGAUGAAGAUAAAGGUCUGUCAACCCAAGGCGAUGGAAAUCCACCGUCACACCUGGAACUAAGAACCUCAUUUUAUGAUGAGGAGGUCUUUGACGACAAAGGGUGCUGCUCUGAUGACUUCCGUGCCCUGCCUGAAGAUCGCUUCUAAUCUCAUAAGGACCAUCAGAUCGCCAUCAUCAUCGUUAGAGCCAGUCACUGUUCCCUACUAAUAUAGUUAUCUAUAACCAUAUGUCGUGUGUGUCUUAUCGAACCAUGGUACAAUCAAUGCGUCCGAAUCUAUCUAUUUAGUUGUGAUGGUCUGUAUGUAAGUGUGCACCUGAUAAUGUAAUCUACCAUAUCGAACCAUAUCCUAUCGAACCAUGGUACUCUCGGUUAUGCAGCAUAUGCUGCCAAAGCUUGGUGCUUUGUCUAUUUGUUUCGCUGCACGCUAUUGUAUUUGAAUCGUGUGUUGAAUUGCAUUUCUAUGCUUGCAAAUUUACUUGAGCAUUCUGCCUUUACUAUCAUACUUCUGUUACUUUGCUUACAUAGGUCCCUGUGAUUGCCUUUAAAUAGUUUUAACCUGUGCUUUAUUCCCAUGCCACUGAAAUUUUAUAUAGCCCCGUCCUGCGGACAUUGCCAGCUCAAUGGACGAUGAUGAUUUCAUAGUCAAGGGGCUUCCACAGCUCUCUGCCAUCUCUGUUACCAUUAGCAGAAGGUAUAUGCUUGAACAGGCUAUCAAGCGAAUCCGCGCUACAAUGCAUGCAUUUGAGCUAACUGAUGAUGAUGACGCCACGGUGAUGGCAUCAGUGAAAAUCGAUCUACAACCUCACAGCAAAAGCAUAUUGCCAACCCAACAGGUGUUCUUUGGAGAAUCAACUCAAUUUGCCAGCGACGCUGUUGAAUCAGCAUGUUCUGCUGCUUUGUCCUAUCUGUUGACGACGGGCAUAAUUACGAUAGAUGACUACAACUCAGCAGAUCUGAAUAAUUGCCAGAGACAACUCAAAGCUGAGCAGUUCUGGUCAUCAGAGCUAUAUGAUCGUGUGGAGUCGUUUCAAAAACAGCUCAGCUCCUUGACUACAACAAAGAAGAGGCCUCGUUCAGAGAGUAAUGAUGAUAGCACUCCAACAGCUAAAUGUGUGAAUAAAUCAGAGGAUGGCCUCAACGACACUCCGGGUUCGCUGCCGCCAAACAAAGAAACAUCAACCAAUGAAACAGAUCACAGCUCCAGCAAAGAAAUAAUAUCUCAGCCUGUUGCCCGCAGAGCUUUACUCUUUAAAGACUAAAUGCACGGAUCACAUGGUGCGUAGACAGGACUAAUGUUGCUCAAAUGUGAGCAUACGUGCACGUGUUCAAGGAGUUUUGCCCUCUGUCUAUGCCUCAAGUCUCAAUGAUGGCUCUCCAUAUUAUCGCUACCAUGUCUUAUUUGUUUUGUUUGCUCAGCAAAUGUUUUGUUGUACAAGAAUUAGACGACACUGGACCUGUAUAAUUAUAUCCUACUCAUGCAGUUUAUUAUGUAAGUUUCGAAUGAUGUUAUCUAUUUCUAUUAAUAUCAUAUCAUGUAUUGGAAACUCUUCUCUAAAGUAGUCCUGCUCUAUGUGAACUUUUAAAUGUUUCAGAGUUUUUUGUGUUAAUCCUUGCAAUGUUCCAGUGGUUCUAUAAAUAUGCUAUAUGUAGGUACACCCAUCACUUCCCACCUGCUAAAGUUAUCUUUUACUAACUUUUUGUUUCUUGCUUCAUUUCUUAGUGUUGUGUAGUCAGCUGUAUUCCAUAGAGAAUUAUUUCAUAUUCUGACAGUACUCCUAUUCAAAUUCCAGCGUUUGCCCAUUUGACCAUUUUUAUAAUGACUUUCUAACAAUUUAAAUGUAUUAAUAUUGUACUCACAAGUUAUUUGUAUCUGGCCCAACAAAAACACAUAUUCCCUGUCCACAAAAAAUAGUAAACGCAUCUGCUUUUGGAUAAUGGCACCGUUAUCUGUAAAACCAAAAUUGAAUAGCACUAUUCAUACAUGCUACUGUGAAAUGUUCUACCUUUUAGAGUUUUAAACGCUUGCUAAAGAAAAAUGAGUGCCGCCUAUUUUUUUUCCCGGCCUGCCUUCUCAUGCUUCUUUUCCUCGCUAAGUCCAUUGCUUCAGAGUACCCCUUUUCUCCUAUGGGCCAUCCGCCUUCUCAGGGCCGAGACGUUGGCCCUUUCCAUCACACGCACCAACCAUUCGUAUUGUCCAUGUAUUCAAGUUCAUAGGCAUAUAUAUUGACAUACCAUGUAUAGUUUUUUUGCAUACAAUGAACUACCACUUUGUUUCAAGAAAUUUAUCUUACGUAUUUGUCCUACUUCAUACUAAUUAAUUGCUUGGAAUUUAUAAACGCUUACAGAAUAUGAUGCCCUAUUCCUAAAAAAGCAAAAAAAAAAAUUCAGAUACUCCUAUUUUCCCACCUUCUUACACACAUCGAACUCCAUGGAAAUUGGCCUUCAUAAAAAUCACAUUCUUAUUUUCCUUUAUUAUAGCUAAGCUGUUGUGAUGUUCCACCCUAGGAUGUUUGCUACUGGCAAAAACCAUAUCAUGUGUUUUCGAUAUUCAUGUUUUCUGUCGUGAGCUUUCAGUAUAUAUGUGCAACCGAAACUUAUUUGCCAAUAACUCAUUUGUUAAUUCUUAAAUUUUAUUGUGUGUUGGCAGCAGAGUUGGUGCAGAACAAUAAACUUAGCCAUUAAUUUAUGAGAAUUCUUUGCUUCACAUGAUACCAUCUGUUCAAUACUCUUACAACAAAUCCGUAAUAGCAAGGUCAUAUAUAAGUAAAGAAAUUACAGCUAAAAUCACAAUACGUCCUUCAAACUAUUUAUGGUGUCUCUUAUGCCCCAAAUUGCCAUUGCAUCUUCCUUCGUCAGAUAAAUAAUGGAAACAUCAUGGUAAAACUGUGACCAUACAAGCUACAGAUCUUCAUCCAAACAAAGAUGAACUGGGAAUUAGCACAUUGUUGCCCAAAAAAUAGACC